AUGAAUCCCUCUGCGAAGUGGAGGAUAAAGGCAUCUCGUGUGGAGGAGGAUACGGUGGACCCUCUCCCCACGAGCGCGUUGUCUCGCGAGGAGUGGGCGCAGGUAAUCCAACUCUCGGAGAGGUGGGUUCCACCUUACACUGCCCCACCAGGGCAGUGGAGCGCGAGGUUGCCGCUCAAGCACAGCCAACGUGGCUGGCAAGACCUUUGUCUCCUUUGCGAGAAAGGAGCGACAGAGGGCCAUCUGAUGACGGAUGCCCACUCGAAAGCCAUGUCGGCGUGGGAGAAAAGGGGGCGGCCGGAGAUCAUCAUUCCUCAUCAAAGGUUUGGGGAUCUCGAGCGGCUACAGAUGUGUGUUCAACUCUGGCUUCCUCGUCUUUCGGACACCCAGCUCCAAGUGGUGAUGGAGUACAUCCUCCAAAUGGAGUGGUACAAAGGACAGGCAGGGUCCUACACGGGGCCAGUUCCGCCCGAACUGACCGCUCCAGCUGGGGAUCUGGACGGAGGACCCACCUGCACCAGCAUCGGCAACCUCGGCGCCCGCAAAGCAUCUGCCAGCAGCUCGGCAGCAGAAGCAGCACCAGCUUCCGGGAGAGAGGGCAGCAGCAGCAUCAGUGGCACCGGCUUCAGGAGAGAGGGCAGCAUCAGCGGGACCGGCUUUGGGGGAGAGGCCAGCGAAGCGCUUGAAGCAGCGCAAGCCGUGGCCAGACACGACCGGAGUUGCGAGGAGAUCCACUGCGGCACUGGAAAAGGCCAAGCCUCUACAGCCUCUUCCGACGGUGGAUGUGGUGCCCCAGGUGCUUUCGAGCAGUUCAGAAGAGGAGACAUGGGGGCAUUGGGUUCCACGCCCGUCUUCCACCCCGGCGCCGUGUUACUCCCCCGAAGCGGGGAACGGAACAACCUAUGGGCCUGGGAGCAGCAGCGACGCCUCGAAGGCAUCGGCAUCUCCGCGCCCGGUGUCUGCACCUCCGGCUUUGCCUCCGACUCCAACGGCACCGUUGCCUCCGCCUCCUAUGCCGCCGUCUGUGACAAGGUCUUCGACAAUGCAGCCGCCUCCCGCAGAGAUCCCCUCGACGACAACGCCAUUGGCUUACCAGUGGCAACCGGUGACUUACACCCAAGGAGGGGCGGUAUUGAGCACUCCGUCUGGGGAAAGCUUCCGAACCAGGGAAGCAUUGGGGUUAGUGACGGUUAG